UUGCGUUUUUCAUAUCCUCAAAACUGAAGCGAUUUUUACGACUUGUAGGAGUUUUUGACACCGUUUACUACAGUAGACCUACAGAGAUGGCGGAGUUCACAUUUGUGCCUCCCGUUAAAGAGCUUCAUGCGGAACAAACUGCGAACGAGACGCACAUCAAAGAGGAGCCGACAGGAGACACUGGAUGGCAACAGGAUGGACAAGAGAACAUGCAGUGCCAGGAAACGUACAGUGGGGACCAGGAAACCUACGGCUACCAACCAAACGGGCACCCUUGGAGUGAGAUUUACAACAGUUGGGAGCAGACAACAGACACGGGGCGGCAUCUGGACGAGGAAAGGGACGAUCCAAACGACGAAACGCGCGGUAUAAAAGCAGAAAUAGAGGAGUCCAAUAGUGGGCUUUCUACCGGAGAACUGUGUACAGAACACCUUGGAAAGGAGAGUGAUAGCAGGGAGUCCCAGACAACAGACAUGGGCCUGCAGCAGGAAACGUGUGAUGUGAACUUUUCAAAAUCUGACAAUACAUCAACCUCACAGGUACAAAAGACCAUAGGCAUUACUGGAAUGUUUGUGGUUGAACACACCGAAAGGCAACUUGGACCAGCACAUAGCAGCAAAACACAGUGA